UCCGUCUGCUCAACACGCAGGCGCGUCUCCUCAAAUCCGGUCCGUACACCCUUCCUCUUUCUCUUCAUUUCGUUCCCCCUCCUCUUGCAGCAACUAAGCAGGUUCAAACUCUUCUCCAGGAGAGUGGCGGCGAUCGCGAGGUCACGUGAUGAGCAUCCUGCUGCCCAACAUGGCGGAGUUCGACACCAUCUCGGAACUGGGAGAGGAGGAAGAAGAAGCGGCAACGUCGUCGUCGUCGCCGUCGUCGUCGUCGUCGGUAUCUGGGCCCGACGAUGACGAGGACGAUGAGGAGGAAGAGGAGGAGGAAGAAGAAGAGGAGGAGGAAGAAGAGGAGGAAGAGGAAGAGGAGGCGCCGCCCCCGCCUCGGGUUGUGAGCGAGGAGCAUCUGCGGAGAUAUGCUCCGGACCCUGUAUUAGUGCGGGGAGCCGGCCACAUCACUGUGUAAGCGACAGGGGGUCUUGGGUCUUGAAAACCCUGAGAUUUGGCAACAGAGGAAUGAGAGGUGAUCGAGGGGCGUCUGGAGUGGGGGAGGGUUGACCGAGGCGUACAGUUAGGAAAGGACACCUGGUCUAAAUGAGGAAACCAUGGGUGGAUACGUGUGAAGGAAGUGAGGAGAAUGUACCUAUGAUGCGCCAAUGCCAGGUAAAGUGUGAAUAUAGGAGAAAGGAGUUAGGGAUUGGGAGCCAGAGUGAUUGAAGUAGGGGUGAGUCUCCUUUCUUGUAUGUAUGCUGGCAAGUGAACAGUCCCUAAACUGCAGGAUGUACCAGAGGGAUUUUUGCUGACAAGAUUGAUAUUUAGUGGGAAACGGCGAUUGCUGUAACAUGUAACAAGAACUAGGCUUGCAUUCUUCAAACAUUAUGUAUUUUGUGAAUAAUAAUAGAAUAUCCAUGAAUAGUAAUAUUGAUUCAUUUUUUCCUAUCUAAUCCUUCCUUAUAUAUCAGUCGAUUAGAGGUUGAGGUUGAGAGGCAGCUAUGGAAAGUAGAAAGAGCAAUGGAUUGAGUCAGGGCUCUUAGAUGCUAGUUCCAGUUUUGCUUCUUACUGGCCCUGUGACCUUGGUCAGGUUGCUUUUUCUCGUUUCUGCACCUUGAUUUCUUCAUCAUUAAAUGAAGAAACCAUCAUUUGGAGUAGAUGGUUUCUAAAGCUUUUCAGUUAUGAGAUAAUGUACCUCCAAGGGAUUUUGUAUGCCCAAAUACGAAAUAUACAGGCAUCAAACGUAUAUGGAAAUUAGUUCUUUGGGAGCUGAGGAUGAUUUCUUGAAAAUUUAUCCAGGGUGGUUUUUUUAAAAAAUUGAAAUCCUGAGAAAAAAAAUUGAAUAUUUGAGAAAAUAAAAUGGGGAGGGACUUCAUAACAUACCUACAAAGCAAAAAUGCAGAUGUUUCCCUGGGCUGUAAAGAGUGCUUCCUCAUUUUUAUUUGCUUGGACCAUAACUAUUUGGAAGUUUGCAUAUUGUGUCAUGUUCAUCCUCUUUGCUAUGUUUUACUGCGUUUUCAAAAUAGAUUGUUGUUUGUUAUUAUGUCAUGCUUCCUCUGAUUUUGAUAAUGGCUAACGCCCCUUUGACUUUCAGUUGAGUUCAUGUUAUAUUAAAUCGUAUAUGUACGACCUCCCUUAUCAUAUAAGCUUUAAUUUUUAACAUACUGAUUAUUAUUUUUUUUUUUUUGAGAUGGACUCUCGAUCUGUAGCCCAGGCUGGAGUGCAGUGGCGAGAUCUUGGCUCACUGCAAUCUCUGCCUCCCAGGUUCAAGAGAUUCUCCUGCCUCAGGCUCCCGAGUAGCUGGGACUACAGGCUGGCCAUGUUGAGUAUUUUACUUGUGAUAUACUUUUGUCAUCUUUGCAUCAAAUAUAUUAAGAAAUAUUUUGAAAUUGUGGAAGGAUGUGGGGAGGGGUUUAGAACUGCUUUUUGAUUACGAAAUUUAAAGACAAUUUUUUUCGGUCCAAGAAUUUUGCAGAUAGCCUACACUGUGAUGCCAGCUUACUGCACUGUUUUACUUCCAUUUUUUUUGUCACCAGGGAGACAAUUUAUUACUCAAACUAAUUAUGAUUCUGGUACCAAAGGUUACUUUUAUGCAGAUUGUGUUAAAUGACCCUUUAGUCCAUAAUUUUAUACUCCAACAUUCUACCUUCACAUUGUUUUGCAAAAUUCAGGCAAAGGAGAAGGACCAAGAAAAUCAUAUUUAAUUACCUGAAAUUUAUUUGUGGUUCCAUUCUACCCUGCACACAACCAUGGUGAAAUACUUACCAACCUGUUUUCUUCAUUAGAAGAAGAACACUGACACUUGCCAUGCCCAGGCCUUUGUGAUUGGUAUAAUGUCCUUCUCAGCUUAAACUUUUGUAAUUAGGAGAGUGUGGGUGGUACUGUUGGUAUUUAUUGACUGAAACCAAAACCUAAAAAGCAGCAAACCAGUACUGGAAUCACUAACCAAUGUAUGUACUUUGGAAACUUAGUUUUAUUGUACACGUUCUCACACCUAGAAAUCACAUAUGACAUUAAAUGUCUUGAGAUUUGAAAGAGAUUACAUGUCUAGGAGAAAAUUUUACUGGAUCUGAGCAAUGAAUCUUUCUGUGGUAGUAAAGCCUUCCUUAUAUCAGGUACAGUAAAAUCCUUAUGAAAUAGGUAAUCUUAUUCCGAGACUUCUAAAAUCUUAUUCUGAGACUUCUAAAAUAUCAGCUUCUGUUUAUUUUUUUUUUCUGGUGUAGGAGUGUUAGAGAUGCCCUAAAUUAUAUACCCUAUCUGAAAGAAAUGUUUAAUAUCCUCUCCCAGCCCUGAUUUUUUUUUCCAUUCUUUGUACAGUCUUCUAUUGUAUGGAGCAUUUUGUUUCUUCUCAAAGUUUAAAAUUUGAGAGCCCUCACCUCAAACUCAGUAUAUUUUAAGCCCAACAUCCCUCUCCACAUUGCCUGUGCUUUCCAUUUGUUUCAUUUCUUUCCUUGAUGCCACCAUUCUAAUCUCCCAGAGUAGCAUUUAAAAUCUUUGAGUCAUUUUGACUCUUCCUUCUCCUUGAAUUGCCCUGUGUCAGUCUGCCCCAGAAUUAUGUCAUCAUAGUUUCUGAAAUAUCUCUUAGAUUUUUCAUUUUCUCAUUCCUAUUUGGCACCACUCUAGUUUGGGUUGCCAUCAUCUCCUGCUUGAAUCAUUGCCACAAUCUGCUGCCUCUCCCUACUCCAGUCCAUCCUGUGUGCUUGUGCCAAACUGAUUUUCUUAAAACACAGCUUAAUCAUGUCACUUUCCUGCUGAAAAUCUGCAUUGGAUCUUAAUUAGCUCUGAGUUUCUAUGCCAUCUUCCUUCAGUCGGAGUUCAAGGAGACCCUCCAUUUGUCCAAUGGUCACCUACCUGUCCACUUGUGCCUUCCAUUCCCUUCUCUUCCAGCCUCCUCCCAGGUCUUGCUCCACCAGGCCACCCAUCUCUCCAGUAUUACCUCUCUACUGGCUCAGCCUGUAACCAUAUUCAGUCUCUAAUGUUUUAAAAAAUAAAAUAAGACAAAAGCCUUCCUAUGCCUGUGUUCCCUUUAGCUACUAUCCAAUUUCUCUUUCUUAGCCUUUCAAUUUCUAAAAAGUAGCUACAUUCACCAUAUCCAUUUUCUCUUUACCCGUCUCUGAUCUGGAUUCUGCUAACAAAACCACAAAGGAGCUAUCAUUAGUUAAUAUCACUGUGACCCUCUUGUUGCUAAAUUAGUGAACAUCUUUCAUUCCCUAUCCUUCAGGUUCUGUCUGCUGCAUUUGACACUUAUGAUGAUUUCUUCUUUUUUAGAAGCUUCUACUCCAGGACUCAAACACAGACCUUCAGAGGCAAGGCAGGUCACAAAAACUACUGCAGUGUAGGGAGAGAUGGGGGUUUAGUUGAACUGAAAGGUGUAUAUCCCAACUAAUGGUAUUCAAAUUCUAAUUAAGAAAAAAACAUUUUGCUAGCCAUAAAAAACACAGAACUCCUUGGCCACUUCACUCUCCUGGUGUUCCUUUUAUUUUUCUGGCAGUUUCUUAACUGUUCAUUCAUGGGCUUCCCUUCCUCUCUUGACCCUUAUUUAAGGGUCAAGCAAUCUCUAGAGUUUUGUUCUCAGCCUACUACUCUUCUUAUUCCCUACUCUCCCUAGAUGGCUUCAUCUUACCUCUCAUAGAUUCAGUUAUCGUAUGGCUCCCAAAUAGGGAUUUCUUUACCAGACUCUGCUUGGGCUCUUACCCGGGCUUCUUCACUCAAUAGCCUACUGUUACCUUAAAUUUUACAUAAACAAAACAUCCCCCUUACACCCCCCUCAUACCCCCACCCCCAAAUGCUCCAAAAAGCCCUCCUAUUUCUGUAUUCACAACCUCAGUUGAAUGUACCUCCACCUAUCCCAUUAAAGCAUGCUUGGUUCUCCUCAGUCACACUUCCCACUGCUAAGCAAUUAGCAAAUAUCAACAAUAUAUGGCUUAAGAAUUUCUUCUUUUCCUCCCUACCACCACUUCAUUGAUUCAAGACCCUUUCAUUACCGUAACUAGUUAUCUUGACUUCAUCCUCACAUCUAUCCUCCAGCCUGCUGCUAGAUUAAUACACAAAAAGUACAGAUCUAAUCAAACCACUUUUCCUGCUUAAGAUUAUCUUGUGGUUUUUCCCUUCACCUGCUAGAUAAGAGUCUAAGCUCCAUAACAGAGCAUACAGAACUGUGCAUCUAUCAGCCUAAACUUUUACCACUUCCCUUACUGCUUGUAUAUUCCUGUUCACAGAAUGCUGGGUUUUUAAAAUCUCAUUGCCUCUGCUCAAUCUGGGGCCUCCACCUAAAAUGCUAAUAUUCACCUCCUGUUUCCCUGGCUCCAGUUUCCCUGGCUCUCUGUAUGUCACCACCUUCUUCUGCAAAUCUUCUUUGCCCCCACUAAAUUGUAAUUUGCAAUGACAAGAACAAUUUCUGAUUCCCUCUGAAUCCUCAGUGCACAGCACAGUGCCUGACAUGAAGUGAGUUGAAUGAAUAUUGGUUCACUUUAGUAACACUCAGUAUGCCCACAUAGUACAAACUAUACUAGAAGCCCUCAACAAAUAUGUUAGUUGUAUCAUGCUGUGGAGAGCACUUGUUUUUGAACAUAGAUGUAUAUGAAUACAACAGUAUCAUCAGUACCAGUAUCACCAGUGAUGGCGUUUAUGGCAUGAGCUUACCUCUGAAAGCUUUGUUAAGCUAGCCCCUAUGUGUCAGAGUAUGCUUGUCUACUGGUAUUAUCUUAAUGUUUUGGGUUUCUAGUUACUUUAACAAGAUACUAGUCUUUUAACAUGAAAUCAUUAUAAUUUCUUAAGAAGUAGAAUGACCUAAUCAUACUACUUGUAUUUCCAAUUCUGAGAUGAUGGUUAUAAAUGGAUAUCAGGAGAUUUUUUUCCGAAUUUUCAAAAAUAUGGUUAAAUUAACUUACAGAUUUGAGAUUAUAGAAACAGAAAUAAUGUCACUUGGGAGUAUUGUGCUUCAAAAAUACUAUACAUCUGAAUAAUACAACAGUUUCACAUUUUGUCUUUUUUUUUAGGAUAAAUAUUUGGAUCUAAUGUAUUGAAAUACAGAAAAAAUAUUAUAUCACAUGAGGUUUUUCCUUAUAGACCACCCUCUUUAUAUUACUUAAAAUAUAUAGAUAUUUAUCAUUGAUAUUACACCUGCAUAAAAAUUAGUAGAGACAACAUAUUACUAAUUCUCAGAGGCUCAUAAAAUUCUCAUUAAAAUUAAUCUAAGAAAGCUGAAGUUAUUAGAUUAUAGAAUUGAAAAAGAUGGCUAAUUUUACCAAACAGUACAUUUCUCCAAAAACUUAGCACAACAAAUAUUAAUACUUCUCAAAUCAGGGAAUGGAAUGCCUUUUCUGUAACAGUUGUCUGAGAAAUUACAGUGAUGCAUUGUUAAUUUGUUUUUAUAUAAGAUGAUUUUUUUUUUAAGGUUUUAGGAUUUGGAAAUAUUGAAGCCAUGGUAACUUGCCAUUAUAUAGUGUGGUAAGACACUUUUUCCAUAUGAAAUAUUAAAGAAAUUCAACUAGAAUCUUUAAAAGAUAUCUUUUUAUUUUAUGGCAUAGCCAUUUACUUGGUGUAGCAAAUACAGUUCAGUGCACAUGCUUCAGAAUCAGUAUUACUACAAGUGCAUAGUUUUCUAGUGAAGUCGUGUCUUGUUGGCGGAAUUUUACUACAUUUUCUCAAACAAACAGAGUACAUGAACUUUAAUUUGUGCAAGAUUUUGAAAGGCUGGUAUAUAGCCAUUUUCAAAAAUGAAAAAUGAUGAGAGGUAUAGGGAGGGAGAGAAAAGGGAAGAACAGCUAAGAGUAUAUAUCGUUUGCCUCGGUUUCCUUCAGAGAAUUUGUCUAAGAAAUUAAAAAUUUUGGCAUUGACAACACUUGACGCAGAAAAUGCAAUCAUUGAGAACUACCAGCUGAGUCAGAUUCAAACAUACAAUAGAUUCUAUAGUGAAUGAAGUUGAUAAAAUGAUAGUGUGAGCACUUCUCAAGUGUCUGUUUAGCCCCGCAUCUUGGCUAAUUUCUAUCACUGAUCAGUAAUAAGUAGAUGAGUUUGUCUACCCUCUCUGGACUCAUAAUUCUUAAUGGUUUGUUUAUGAAACCUAACUGAAGUGUUUAUUCAGCAGCAGCCACUUCAACAUUUUCCUAGUAGCUACUAAGUGAAAUGUACCUAAGUUUAAGUAUAUUUUUUUUAGUGUGCUGAGUCUAUAAAGGGGAAAGUUAAGGAAAAAAAGUAUCUUAUAGGCAAGAACAAGAUUGCUCCUGCCUGUUAGCCAAAACUAUGAAAGUAUGAAGCCUACUUUGCCUUUCUUCAUACUUUUUUAUAUGUAUAUAUGUAGUUCAUAAGGGAGUAUUUUAAGAAGUAAAGCAACAAUUUAGUUACCAUUUCUAAUGUACUUUUUAUAUUUUAGAAAAGGAAAUCCCUUUAUAUAUUUGAGAAGAAAGUAAUGUGAAUAUAGCAAGUAUUUCUCUAGAACUUGAGCACUGGGCUAAACACUGUGAAGAACAUAGAGAAAAUAGAGUAUAGGCUUUGCUUUACAAAGCUAACAGGAAAAUUGCCUUUAAGAUAUUGAUAUGGAGCAGCAAGGAAAAAAGACAACAUUUUGUUAACUGUUGAAAUAUAUAGUA